AUGACGAACUACACGGACUUGGACGUUGGGUACUGCAGCCUCGACCCGCGGCAGUUUCCUUGCAGUGAAAAUCCCAUCACUCUGGUCUCCCUGGGCCUGGCAGCUUCCGGUUUGGGGCUGAUCAUGGUUUUCUUCUUGCUGCAACAGCUCCGCAAAGCACCCCGUGGAACGGACCACAUGAACAAGAUUUCGGAUCAAAUCAAGUCGGGAGCUCGUGCUUUCUUGGUGACCGAGUACAAAUACCUUACCGUGUUUGUGGUGGUAGUCUGUACCAUUCUUUUGAUCUUGUACUCUCUGGACCCUCCUUCGGGAGAUAAAACUGACGGAAUUCGUUAUGCUGCCUGCUUCUUGAUGGGAGCAUUCCUUUCGGGUGCUGCUGGAUGGGGUGGAAUGGCUGUGGCGACGGAUGCAAAUGUUCGCACUACCCAAGCUGCCGACAAGGAAGGAUUGGGCGUGGCUCUCCGCGUGGCCUUUACGGGAGGAGCUGUCAUGGGAUUUACUGUCGUUGGUCUUGGAUUGGGUGGUGUCUCGCUCAUGUUCUUUUUGGUGUCCUUGGGAUACGAUAGCAACACGGAUUCUGGCGAGAAUCCCGACGUGGAAGCGAAGCUCCGAUAUGCCGCCGAUGUAUUGGCUGGAUUUGGAUUUGGUGCCUCUUCGAUUGCCCUCUUUGCCCGUGUCGCUGGAGGUAUCUACACCAAGGCCGCCGAUGUUGGAGCUGAUCUGGUCGGAAAGGUCGAGAUGGAUAUCCCUGAAGAUGAUCCUCGAAACCCCGCUGUCAUUGCCGAUAAUGUCGGUGACAAUGUUGGAGAUGUUGCUGGUAUGGGAGCCGAUCUCUUUGAAUCAUUUGUUGGUUCCAUUAUUGCUGCAGUCACCCUCGCUUCUGGAGACAGGGCCAUGACAGCUCUCCCGUUCUGGAUUUCUGGUGCCGGUAUUUUUGCGGCCAUGAUUGGCUACUUUGCCGUUGGAGCUGCCGAUGACGCUGGCCAGAAGGAACUCAUGUUUGCGCUACACAAGGGAACCAUUGUCUCCUCUACCUUUGUUCUGGGUUUUUCCGCCAUUAUCAUCUGGCAAUUCUUUGAAGACACGGACUCUGAAGCCGGCUGGAGGAUUUAUGCAUGCAUCGUCAUUGGUCUCGUUGCUGGAGUGUUGAUUGGACAAGUCACGGAAUACUUUACUUCCUACUCUUACUGGCCCACCAAGUCCAUCACCGAUGCAGGUGUUACCGGUCCAGCUACUGUCAUCAUUCAAGGUUUGGGUGUUGGAAUGAUCAGUUGUGUCUUCCCAGUCCUUAUCAUUGUGGCAACCAUCCUCGGCUGCAAUGCUCUCGCUGACGGAUACGGAAUUGCCAUGGCUGCUGUUGGAAUGCUCUCCACUUUGGGAGUAACCCUUGCCACCGAUGCCUAUGGUCCCAUUGCCGAUAAUGCUGGAGGUAUUGCUGAAAUGGCUGAACUGGAAGAACGUGUUCGUGAUACUACCGACGCAUUGGAUGCUCUUGGAAACACCACGGCUGCCACUGGAAAGGGUUUUGCCAUUGGAUCUGCUGUCCUUACAGCUCUCUCCCUGUUGAGUGCUUUCAAGUUGAAGGCUGGCCUGGACGAAGCUGGAGUCUCGGUUGACAUUACUGACGCCGUUGUCCUUUCCGGAGUCUUGAUUGGUGCCAUGCUUCCCUUUUUGUUUGCUGCCUUGACCAUGCUUUCCGUCCAAAAGGCUGCUGGAGCCAUUAUCAUUGAGGUUCGCCGUCAGUUUGCCGAGAUUCCAGGACUCCGCGAAGGAACUGCCGAGGCCGACUCGGACAAGUGCGUUGCGAUUUCUACCCAGAGUUCUGUCGAAGAGAUGAUCCUUCCUGGUAUCUACGCCAUUCUUUCUCCCAUUACUGUGGGAUUCCUCGUUGGACCCAAGUGCUUGACGGGAAUGUUGGGUGGAGCCAUUGCCUCUGGAAUGAUGCUUGCUAUUAUGAUGGCCAAUGCUGGUGGAGCUUGGGAUAACUCCAAGAAGUACAUUGAAAUUGAAGGGGCCAAGGGCGGCAAGGGAACUGAAACACACAAGGCAUGCGUUGUUGGCGACACUGUCGGAGAUCCGUUCAAGGAUACCAGCGGUCCUGCCUUGAAUAUUCUCAUCAAGCUCAUGAGCAUCAUCUCGUUAACGAUUGCUCCUCUGCUGAAGUCGAACCCUGAAGAUUGGGCCACUUGGUACUACGGCCUUAUUCCUCUGGCUCUCAUGAUUAUUGGCACCAUUGCCGUGUACUGGUUGUAUUGGAGAGAGAUUGCCGACAUUACUGCCGACUUUGCUGCAUCUGAUGAUGUGGAAACUCCCAAGAAGGAAGACGGAGCUGCUGCUGCUGCAGCAGAGGAGGAACCAGUCAAGGAGGACGAGGCUGCCAAGGAUGUAGAACCGACGAAUGUGGAGCCUGAAAUCACCGCUGGGGACGGCGGGGAAGAACAUGCCUAA